AUGCGUUUCUCCAUUUUUGCUCUUGCAACUAUCCUUGGCCUGGCAUUUGCCUCGCCCCUUGAAGCCAACAAGGACGGGGAGAGUUCCGUGCAGACCAACAACUGCUACACCCUCUGCAAGAUUGAUGGUGGAAUGAAGUUUAUCUCCGUCCCAGUCGCUCUUGUCCUCUCUCUCGCGAUGCUUGCGGCCGCUGCGCCUGCUGAACUAGAUAAGAGGGCAUGUACCGUGAAGCAAUGCGCUGCCAAAGAUCCGCAAAAGUGCUGUCCCGAUAAAUAUGGAUUCUGCAAUACCGAUACCGGUGAAUGCCACUGCGGGAAAGAUUGCUUCAGCUCCUAA